AUGUCGACGCCGCAGACUUCGAGCUUCAUUCUAAUAGAUGACCGAGACAACAAUGUGGCCUAUAGCGGAAAUUGGGUAGUUGGAGGAACUUCUCAUGAGUACGAUAGGACAGUCUCUUCCUCGUUAAAUGUUGGCGACUCCUUCACCGUCAGCUUCGCUGGAACGCGCAUAUCGGUCUUUGGUACCUACGACAGCAGUUCUAAUGGUGUAAAGACACUGUACUCGAUCGACGGAGGAGCUGCAGCUACCGCGACUUCCAAGUCCUCUAGCGGUGACUCAUACCAACAACUCUUCUGGGCGUCGGAUGCUCUCUCUAAUGGUCCACACAAACUCAAGGUCACAAUGGGAUCGGUUAACGGGGGUCUUCCGGACGGAGAAGGCACUAUUUGGUUCGACUAUUUCAACGUCUCUCAGAGCUUGGUUGCCGUUUCGAGUACUGGACCCUCUUUGACACCUUCCCCGAGCAACACCAAUCAAAAGCCCGACGCUGCUUCUACAGCCUCGUCGAGUUCUUCAUCUGGCACGGGAGUGCCUGCUGUGGUGACAUCCAAGAAAUCGAGUAAUGGCGGUCUUAUUGGUGGAAUCAUUGCGGCUGUCCUCAUCAUCCUACUCCUCGUGGCUGGAUUUUUCUACUGGCGUCGACGCCGCCAGCGGAGAGAUGUGUAUCUUCCUGCCCCGAGCACAAUGCACACUCCCACUGGUCCUCCCCAAAUGCAACCCUUCCUUCAAACCCGACCGACAACUCCGAUGAGCUCUGUAGCUGGAUCCGUUGCUGCUCUUUCCGCCCACGCGGCAAAACCUGGGUUUGACGCACGGCUUACCCACGCAGCGCCAUCUGUGCAACCAACUUACGACCCGUACUCUGAAAUUGGUGCUUCCAUGUUCCAAUCCCCCUUAAACGCCCCCACUUCAUACGCGCCUUCGACAACCGCUCCCUCGGUCACAUCCACUGGCCUUAGCGGCCCACUCUCUGUUGUUAAUGGAACGACAGUCGACGGUGAUUCUGUUGCAGAGCUCAAGCGCAGGCAGAAACAGGUGGUCGACUCAUAUGAACAAGGAAUUGGUUCUAGCUACCAAGCACCCCUCCAGCAUACUGACAGUGGUCUGCGUGGAGAUGCGUUAGCUGGUCCUGCAGAACUUCCACCCGUCUACACUGCCAACUAA